AUGCAAGAUGCGGAGGAGGCCUCUCGUGAGACUGCAAAAGCCCCAUUGUCCGGACGAGUACAUAUUCUCGGUAUUGGAAAUGUUGGAAGUUUCAUUGCACAUGCCCUCGCCUCCAGACAAUCCCGGCCACCUAUCACAUUGCUUCUGCACAGUUGGGCGGUCUACCAGUCCUUUCGCCGCAAAAAAAAGAGCAUUGCCAUCCAGUACAACGGAUUGGAUGACAUUAAGACUGGAUUUGAUGUUGAGGUCUUAUCCAAUGGUAUAUGGCAUGAAGUCUUGAAAGAUGAAGACAAAGAAAACGUCGAGUCAGAAAUUCCCCUUGAUCAGGUUGAGGAUAUCUCGACCGAUGUAAACUAUGAGCACAUUGAGUGUUUGAUUGUCGCUUCUAAGGCCAGCAUAACAAAAACAGCUAUCAAGGCUGUCAGACACCGACUGACGAAAGACUCAACUAUUGUCCUGGUGCAAAAUGGCAUGGGAGUUGUUGAAAUGCUCAAUCGUUCGCUAUUUCCGGAUCCAGAAAAUCGUCCGAAUUAUGUACAAGGGAUCGUCAGUCACGGUCUGAGCAGGCUUGAUAAAUUUCAGAUUUCCCAUCGCGGUGUUGGCACGAUGAUCUUCGCGCCGGUUGUUACAGAAGAAACUCCGGCGCUUCUGGCCGAGGAAGAUACCCAUUGGGCACCCACCACAAAAUAUAUUUUGCGUCUGUUGACCCUGACUCCGUCUUUGGUUGCUACGGCCGAAACACCUGCUGCCCUACUUCAAUAUCAGCUCGAGAAGCUAGCAGCGAAUUGCCUCAUCAAUCCCCUCACGGCACUUAAUGAUUGCACAAACGGCGAGCUACUCUACAUCUUUGACAUAACCCGAAUCAUGCGCUUGCUUCUAUUCGAAAUCUCUAGCGUGAUUUACGCUCUUCCUGAGCUUCGAGGAGUUCCCGGUAUCGAAGAGCGAUUCUCUCCAGAACGCCUGCGGCGAAUCACCAUGAAUAUUGCCAGUGCUACCUCAAAGAACACCAGUUCAAUGCUUCAAGAUGUGAGAUCAGGGUCUGAAACUGAAAUCGAUCAUAUGAACGGCUGGAUUGUGCGUCGGGGGGAGGAACUGGGUAUCCAAUGCACGUUAAACUACUUGGUGGGACUAAUGGUCAAAUCCAAGAUGAUUGUACAUCAACGAAGAGGCAAUGCCUCUAUUCCACUUGAUAUUGACGGCGUCCCUUCGGUCAGUGAGUUUGCCGAUCAAAUUACAAGCACCAAGGGGAAAUGA